AUGCUUGUGCUGAUGGCUGAAGUGGCGAACCACUGCAUCCCCCGCAUCGCCGACCUCCACAACUAUAGCACAGCGAAUUCAUUUCAACAGAAGCGCUACAACUGGGAAACCCUUGCAGAGAGGGUAUUCAAGAGAGUCGGACUAAAACUUACUGCAGCAGAAAUCGAUCGCGUUGUUGCUGCAAGACCAGGAGCAGCAGAGAGCAUCAUCCUUCGUUUUAAGCAACGCGCGGAGGCGCUGAGGCAGCAGUCCUCAAGAGAAGUCGAGGCCGUCCCCAAAGGCACUCAUUUGGCACGCGGAGCACCACAAACGACCCCCCGGCCUACAAGCCAGCAAGAAUGGGCUGCUCUUCUGGCACAACGAGAUGCAACUAUACAAGACCUUGAGGAGACAAAUGCAAUAUUAGCAGCAAAGGCCGAGAGUCUACAGAAGCUCCUUCAGCUUCGGGAUGCAAAGAUAGAACUUCUAACGAAGGCACUACAGGCCGCAGCAGCAGCCCCUCUACCUCAAUAA